AUGUCCGCGACGGCAUUGUUUGGCAACACUUCAGGUCUGGGAGGCAGUUCUGGUGGGAAUAAACACUUAGUUGAAUUUCGGGCUGGUAGAAUGACUCUUAAAGGACGAAUGGUACAUCCCGACAAAAGGAAGGGUUUAUUAUAUGUGUAUCAGGGUGAAGACUCAUUGAUGCAUUUCUGUUGGAAAGAUCGUACAACUGGUGAAGUUGAAGAUGACCUAUUGAUCUUUCCGGAUGACUGUGAAUUUGUGAGAGUCAAUGAAUGUACAACGGGAAGAGUAUAUGUAUUGAAAUUUAAAUCAUUCUCAAAGAAAUAUUUCUUCUGGAUGCAGGAGCCAAAAACUGAUAAAGAUGAUGAAUAUUGCCGUCGUCUCAAUGAAGCGUUGAAUAACCCACCAACAUCUGGUGGUCGUGGUGGCACCGGGGCUGGUGCCCAAGAUGGUGAUUUACACAACCUUCUCAACAACAUGUCUCAACAGCAAUUGAUGCAGUUAUUUGGUGGUGUCGGCCAGAUUGGUGGUUUAUCAUCACUGUUGGGAACUAUGGGUAAUAACAGUAGCAGUGGCAACGCAAGUCGUCCAUCUGGGAAUAGCAGUAACUCCCGUGGUGGUUCAGCUCCGAGGUCCGAGUCCACAACACGUACACCAGCACGAGCACGUGAUGAAGCCAGACAUAUUCCCAUCCGAGCGCCCACACCUGCUACUGUUCCCGCUCCUACUGCCACCCCACCCAACACUGCCACUGGAACUCAACCUCGUAGUGGUCAGAUAUUUCUAUCCGACCUGCAGCGGUAUUUCUCCGGUCUAGGCAACGCACCACCGGAGGGCGAAGGCGCGGUGGGUGGGUCGGGGGCUCCCCGCGUGGAGCUGGGGGCUGCGCUGGCGACUCCAGAAGUGGUGUCAACGGCCAGCGAGCCAGCUAACUCCCAGCGGCUCGCCCCACACCUGCCGCCCGCGCCGCCCGCCGCCCCCCAGGACGAUGUAAGGACCACACUGCUCUCACCGCAGUUCGCCCAGGCAGCCAAUCAGUUUUCAUCGGCUCUAACAUCCGGUCAAAUGGGACCAGUUAUGACCCAGUUUGGACUUCCGGCUGACGUCACUUCUGCCGCCAACACGGGAGACAUGCAGGCCUUCUUUAAAGCCUUAGAGAGUGCGUCUUCAUCUGAAAGCGGCAAAUCCGAAGGAGACAGAAAGAAAGAUAAACCUCAAGAUGACAAAAAUGAUAAAAAAGAUGGUGAUGCUGGAAUGUCACUCGAUUAA